AUGCUGUCAGCCUCGUGCGGAAAGACAGACGGAAACAGCCUCGGAAAACCAUACUCACUCACAGAAGACGAGAAGGGGAAAAAAGAGACAACAGCAGCAGUGGAGAAGCUCCGUGGAAUUGUGAUCCGCUCCAAUGGAAAUGGGCCGGGGAGCCAGGAUGAGGAUGCGGUUAGGCUUGCUCUCGUCAAGAAUAAUCAGGAUUGGGCCGCGGCGGCUGUCGCCCACAUGGGUAAACCGACGGCCAUUUCGAGCGUACAAGCACCGUGCAUGAAUUCAGGACGGCAGGGCCCUGGUACGGCUCGCUAG